CAAACUUCGUUUUUGGCGCGUUUAAGCGACAAUACUCUAAGAAAUUUUCCGCAUUUUAGUGGUUUUCUUAAUCGUGGUUAGCUGCUGAUUUUUCUCCGCAAUGAAGUCGCCUAAAUUAUAUGUAAUAAAAAGAGAUGGGCGGAAGGAGGAUAUACAUUUUGAUAAAAUCACCUCACGUGUGCAAAAGCUCUGCUAUGGACUCAACAUGGAUUUCGUUGAUCCGGUCGCCAUCACACUUAAGGUCAUAAAUGGCUUGUAUUGUGGCGUUACCACACAAGAACUCGACAACUUGGCAGCCGAAAUUGCCGCAAGUCUUACAACUCAACAUGCAGACUACGCAACGUUGGCUGCUCGUAUUGCCAUUUCAAAUUUGCAUAAAGAAACUAAGAAAGUGUUCUCUGAUGUCAUAACUGAUCUAUACACAUAUGUGAGCGCCGAAACUGGCUUAGCUACGCCGAUCAUAUCGGACUUUCAUUACAAUGUUGUAAAGGAAAAUGCAGAUCGAUUGAAUUCCGCUAUAAUAUAUGACCGUGAUUUCAGUUAUAAUUAUUUUGGUUUCAAGACACUGGAACGUUCCUAUUUGCUUAAGUUGAACGGGAAAAUUGUUGAAAGACCACAGCAUAUGUUAAUGCGUGUUUCCAUAGGUAUACAUGGCGAAGAUAUUGAUGCUGCAAUUGAAACAUACAAUUUUCUUUCCGAACGCUAUUUUACACAUGCUUCACCGACACUUUUUGCUUCUGCCACUAGACAGCCACAAUUAUCAUCGUGCUUUCUAUUGACUAUGGUUGGAGAUUCGAUUGAUGGUAUUUUCAACUCUGCCCACCAAUGUGCAUUAAUUUCCAAGUCCGCUGGCGGCAUUGGUCUUAAUGUCCAUUGCAUACGCGCAAAGGGGACUGGAAUAGCUGGCACAAAUGGCACAUCAAAUGGUUUGGUGCCCAUGUUAAGGGUAUUUAAUAAUAUAGCACGUUAUGUAGAUCAAGGUGGUGGCAAGCGACCUGGAGCUUUUGCCAUUUACUUAGAACCUUGGCAUGCAGAUAUUUUUGAGUUUUUGGAUUUAAAGAAAAAUACAGGCAAAGAAGAGAACAGAGCUAGAGAUUUAUUUUAUGCUUUGUGGAUACCUGAUUUAUUUAUGAAACGUGUUGAAGCUGACGAAGACUGGUCAUUAAUGUGUCCUCACAAAUGUCCCGGCUUACACGAAGUUUGGGGCGAAGAAUUCGAGAAAUUAUAUGAGAAAUAUGAACAGGAAGGACGUGCUAAUAAAAAAGUGAAAGCUCAGAGUCUUUGGUUCGCCAUCAUUGAAUCGCAGGUGGAAACUGGCACACCAUAUAUGUUGUAUAAAGAUGCGUGCAAUAGAAAAAGUAAUCAGCAGAAUAUUGGAACUAUCAAAUGUAGUAACCUAUGCACCGAAAUUGUUGAAUAUUCCGCGCCGGAUGAAGUGGCAGUAUGCAACUUAGCAUCGAUUGCGCUUAAUAUGUUUGUUACGCCUGAAAAAACGUACGAUUUCCAACGACUUAAAGAGGUCACUAAAACCGUUACACGGAAUCUAAACAAAAUUAUAGAUAUAAAUCACUAUCCAUUGCCAGAGGCAAAAAAAUCAAAUUUCAGACAUCGCCCCAUUGGCAUUGGCGUACAAGGUUUCGCAGAUGCCCUUAUUCUAAUGCGUUAUCCAUACGAAAGCGAGCAAGCAUUCUUAUUGAAUCAACAAAUUUUCGAAACAAUUUACUACGGCGCUUUGGAAGCUAGUUGUGAGUUGGCGGAAAAAUAUGGUCCAUACGAAACGUAUGAAGGUUCACCAGUUAGUAAGGGAAUUCUUCAAUAUGAUAUGUGGAACAAGAAACCAACAGAACUGUGGAAUUGGGCCGAGUUGAAAGAGAAAAUCAAAGAGCAUGGCGUUAGGAACUCUCUGUUGCUUGCACCUAUGCCAACCGCAUCUACAGCCCAAAUUAUGGGUAACAAUGAGUCAUUUGAACCUUACACUACAAAUAUCUAUACGCGUCGUGUGCUCUCCGGAGAAUUCCAAGUUGUGAAUCAUCAUUUGAUUCGCGAUCUUACAGAGCUGGGCCUAUGGGAUGAUGACAUGAAAAACCAAAUCAUUAUUCACCGCGGCUCUAUACAAAACAUUGAUUCCAUACCACAAAACAUACGCGAUCUUUACAAAACUGUUUGGGAGAUAUCUGUGAAGAACACAAUUAAAAUGGCAGCAGAUCGUGGUGCGUUCAUUGAUCAAAGUCAAUCUUUCAACAUUCAUGUUGCAGAGCCAAACUAUGGUAAACUUACUUCCAUACAUUUUUAUGGGUGGAAAGCGGGACUCAAAACCGGAAUGUAUUACCUACGUACAAAGCCUGCUGCAAACGCUAUACAAUUUACAGUUGACAGAAGUCGCAAAGAGACAAAUGGCGAGGUAAAAACUAAAUCCCCAAUACAAGAAGCUGCAUCACCCAACCAUAGUAGAAAUUUGGCAGAUAUGGUUUGUUCGCUCGAAAAUAAAGAUGCUUGCAUGUCUUGUGGAUCAUAAGAUUGGCUUUUAUAUAUAAUAUAUUUUAAAAUAAUUUUUGUAUGUUUUUUUCUCGUAUUCAAUGUAUUACAAGUUCGUAAAUAAAAUUUUAAUGUUAAGCGUAAAUUAUUAAAACCA